UGGAUGCUGCCUGUCCCUUUAAGGACGUCAUCUGUCUGAGAAAACGGAAGUUGAUGCCACAUUGGACGCGCGCAGAACCGGAUUUUGGAGGCGAUGUUUCUCCUGUGUCUCUUGACUAGUAAACGUGCUACAUAGACGUAUUGCUACGAGACACUCUUGUAAACCAUCACUACAGUCAGCGGACGCUGAAUGCAGUGAUGUAGUUAGUGUUCGAUAUAUGCCGAACUUCAUAAAUCACAACAGUAACUCUCGGCGGUGUCAUUCUCUGACAUGCAUGGCCAUGAUGGCAUGCAGCACAGGCGGCCAAGGAUGAAUGAUUAUAUUUGGUUUGCUUCUCAGUUAGCUAAUCAUCCAUGCCUGUGUGUCAUAGUUAGUUAAUGUUUCUGUAAAGCUUGGCACGUACUUCCUCCUCGACAGUUUUAACGUCUGGCCUGAAGCGACAUGAGUUGAGUGUGCCUGCACAUUCCGCACGUUUAACGGGCGUGUGUGAAGCCUCGCGCGCACUAAAUUACCCCGCAGAGAGAGUGGUGUAAUUCUUAUUACGCUUUGUUUGUUGUAACUAGCCGGGACGGGAGUUAUGACCGAACUCUGGACUGCUGGUGGUGGGCACUGCACUCAGCUGCACUGUCGUCGAUACGGAUACGCACACGGGUUGUACAAGCGAGUUACGUCCGCGGCUAUUAUGUUAUGUCGAUAAACGAACGUGCUUGUUUGCUAGUACCGGGAGAGUUCGCGUAGCUCCAGGUGGACCGCUUCCCAUACUGGAACGGACGAGCAGGACGAGGAGCUCAGUGCUGUGUGUGUGGCGUCAUAAGAGUGUAUUCACGGGGGACUGGGCGUUUUAACAGAGCCACUGCCGCAGCGCACAAUAACAGUAACGAAACUCCAAAUAUGACGCAAAGUCGGCUCUGCGACACUUUCUCACUGACGACGUGUCUUUUUCGUACGUGAAAAUGCUGGCGGUCGACACCCUCCCUGAGAGGGGCGGCCUCUGAGUCUGACGACGAGCCGCUCGGACGCUCGACGCCCCGUGCAAUUUCACUCAGUAAUAUGUCGAAGAGCGGCCGCAGGUACCGGGUCGGCCCGGCGGGAAACGGCGCCGCACUAGGCCGCUGCGACCACGUGCGGCUGCCGCGCGCCAAGCUCCUGCUGUGCUGUCUGUGCGGCGCGCUCGCGACGGCGCUCAUGCUCGGACUGUACCUGUCCGGAAUGCCCGGCGGGAGCGAGGUGCGCGUGCACGUCCCGGAGCUCGUCAGAGACAAGUUGUCUCACAGGUCCGUCAAGUUCUCCACAGCCCAGGUGAGGAGGUUGGCCUCCCUGGUGGAUAUGGUACGGCUGUGGGAGGCCCACCUACGGCCGAUCCUCAGAGAGAGACUUCCGGGCACAGUGGGAAGCCAGGUGGUCCGCCAGCACAUCUCCUCCCAGUUGAGCGACCUGUCUGCGGGCUGGCAGGUAGAAGUGGAGUCCUUCAGCUCCACCACCCCACAGGGUCCAGUCACCUUCUCCAACAUUUUGGCAGUGCUGGACCCUGCAGCGCCACGACGGCUGCUCCUGGCUUGCCACUAUGACUCCAAGGCUAUCCCACCAGCCCCAGGGGCCCCUCAGAAGCCCUUUAUUGGGGCCAGUGACUCGGCAGUCCCAUGCGCCAUGAUUCUGGAACUGGUCACAGCCCUCAAUAGUCAGCUGAAACUCUUUAAACAGCAGAAACCACCGCUCACUCUCCAGCUGGUGUUUUUUGAUGGCGAGGAGGCCUUCGAAGAGUGGACAGCUAUUGAUUCGCUGUACGGCUCCCGCCACCUGGCCGAACGCAUGUCUCGUACUCCCCACCCACCAGGUUCUGCCCACACCACAGAGUUGCAGGCCUUGGAUCUCUUUGUCCUGCUGGAUCUCAUCGGUGCCCCGGAUCCUCUGUUUGUCAAUCACUUUGACAACACUGCCCGUUGGUUUGACCGACUCAUUGCAGCAGAGAAGAGGCUGCACAAGCUGGGCCUGUUGUCUUCUCAUCCCAGGGAGCAGAGCUAUUUCAGAAAGGAUGUGUACCUUGGGCCAGUACAAGAUGACCACAUACCUUUCCUUCAGAGGGGGGUGCCUGUACUCCACCUCAUUGCCACACCAUUUCCCUCGUUCUGGCACACGCUGGAGGAUGUAGAGGAAAACAUGCAUGCCCCCACAGUGGAGAACCUCACCAAGAUCUUGGCUGUGUUCCUAGCUGAGUACCUUGGGCUGUGAAGGAUCCUUGGCCCAAACCGACACUCACUGCAGCCAUGGCCUAAGCUCAGGUUGUUCCUUGUUGUGUAUAAUCUACCUUACAGGGCUAGGAGUCACCUCAGCCUCAUUCAGUGUGCUUUAUCCUAUGCAGGUUUUCUGGGGAUCCCCAGAUUGAACACCUUUAUGGGGCAUGACGCAUUUGUGUCUUCUGUAACUGGACAAGGAUGUGGCCUGGAUACCUGGAUUAAUACCUGGAUCUUUGCCACACUUCUCUGUCCUCCUAGCAGCAGUAUCCUG